UGCUACUAACAGUUUGUUGCCAACCGCCAUAAAACUCGACAAGAAGAAGUAGAAGAAGAAGAACCUUCCUCCGAUACAAACCAAUCAUGGCGGCUAAUAGAAUAGCAUGUCUGGGGUUAAAUGCACUUUAUUCCACCAUUUACGCUCCAAAGCAGGCACUGGGGAGUUGCUGGAAUGCAGUGGCCCAGGUGAGAAGUUACUACGUUGACUGGAGGAUGCUGAGGGAUGUCAAGAGAAGACAGAUGGCCUUUCAGUAUGCUCACGAGAGGAUACGUAUCAACGCACUGCGGAAGAACACCAUCCUGCCCAAAGAACUUCAGGAAAUAGCUGACAAGGAGAUUGCAGCACUACCCAGAGACAGCUGUCCUGUUAGGAUACGCAACAGAUGUGUGUUGACGUCCAGACCUCGGGGAGUGAAGAGAAAGUGGAGGUUGAGUCGUAUCGUCUUCAGGCACCUAGCUGACCACAAUCAGAUGUCAGGAAUCCUGAGGGCGAGGUGGUGACAGUGGUCGUGUUGGGCUCUUUAGAAAAUAGUGUUAUUAAUAUAGUUGCGCUUUGACAGGAUGGAGGAUGUUUUCAAACUUCUGGACAUGUUCUGUUUGCUGCACAGAAAUCAACAUUUGUUUGCCACUGGAAAUAAAAGAAAAAGACAAUGUUAUUCCUAAGGAGAAGAAAUUGAAGUUUUCAUGGACUGUACACAUAAAAAUAAUAAAUCUUGAUGUAAGUGACCCUUCA